AUGCCCCUAGACCUCCCCCUAGUAAUGAGCAGAAGCCGGCUGCUGGGCUCUGUCGCCGCCUCCGCCCCGCGCCUCCUCACCAUGCUCACCAAGCCCGAGGCCCCGUCGAGCCGGACAAAGACGUUCCAGCUGUCGUGCCUCGACCAGAACAUUGUGCGCGUCUACAUCCAGACGCUGUCCAUCUUCCCCUUUCCCGACCAGAAUAAUGCCGAAGCUGCCAUACACGCCCUCAGCAACGGCCUGCGUCUAACCCUCAAAAAGUACCCCUUUUUGGCCGGCAUGCUCUCGCUGGCCGACCGCCACACGGGCAAGCUCGUCCUCGAGUACCCUACUGAAGUGUCAGACGAGCACCUCAACUGCCUCUUCCAAUCCAACCAGGUUCCCUACCAUGAGCGUGACUUUCCAUAUACCUACGAGCAGCUCAAGCGCGACGGCAUGCCGCCCAGUGCCUUCAAGGGCGCCAUGUUUGUCCCCCAAGAUCUUCCCAACUACCCCGGCGUCCCCAACGACGGCGAGGGCAAGGUCGACUUUGAAAAGAGUGAUGCGCCCGCUAUGCGAUGUCAAGCCUUCUUCAUCCCUGGUGGAUUAGUCCUUUCCAAUUACAUGCACCACAGCGUCUUCGACUUCUCCGGCAUUGCCCUCUUCUGGGAGUCGUUUUCUGCCAACGUGACCAGCUUCUCCCGCCAGCAAAUGCUGGGCGAACACUCCAUCUUUGAUACCGCCAGCGUCGCCGACAGACAGUCGCAACUGCGCCAGGCUUUUGACCGGCGCAUCACGUCGCGGCACGCUGACCGCACAGCAGACUGCUAUUGCGAGGGGCCGCCCGAGUAUCCCAAGACGUUGCCCAGCGACGCAAGCUGUACUCAGCGUCUCUUUGUCAUCCCUGUCGCGCGCAUCCGUAAGUAUCAAGACAGCUUGCGGCGGCACUUCCCCUCUGGCGGCGCACCGACAAUGUGCAAUAUCCUCGCUGCCUUGGUCUGGACGCACGUCACACGCGCGCGCGGCCAAAGAUUGCUCCGAUGCGGGCUCAAGGAGACAAAUCUAGGCAUUGCGACGGAUCUGCGAAGACGCCAGAAUCCCUGCAUUCCUGCCGACUACAUGGGCAACAUGGCCUUGUUCUCCAAAGGCACCCUGAAUGUUUCAGACCUGUUAGCCGAAGACCGUGUAACCACCGCCACCAUCCUCGGCGUCAUAGCAGAGAUCCAGCGCACCAUUCAGGGCGUUGACGACAAAUGGGUCACGCGGCACCUCAACUUCUUCAAAACGGUGGACCAAAUCACCGAUACAGAGGUUUCGCUGGCGCUCAACUUCGGCUCAGACAUGUACAUUUCGUCUUGGCUCAACUUCGGCGCAGACCUGAGCUGGGGCAUCCCCGGCACCGACCAGGGUAAGCAAUCCCUUGCCGGCCGGCCUGAAUUCAUUAGGCGAACCUAUGGGCCGAGCGACGGCGGGAUGAUCUUCCUCCCCCGGCGGAGGCAGCCCGUGAACCAGGAAGAGGCGCCGUUUGAGAUUCUGGUACGACUCGCUGAGGAGGAUAUGACGCGUGUGCUGAACGAAGAGGGCGGCCUGCGCAGUUGGGCAGACGCCGUGAUUGAGUAGAGUGGCGUUAGGGUCUGGCCAAGAGAAGCGUGAUGGGCACGCGCGUGCAACAGGCCAUUCCCUUCAUGGACGAAUUUUCUUUUCUUUUCAGUGCUAUUACGGCUC